AUGAUCACAUUCGGAUGUUUUACUAAGAGACUAACCAGGUCAAUACUGGACAACAACACUACUACCUCGCUGUGGCGUGGACUGAGCCCCGGUUCAUCAUGCUACAUGUACACUUCGACCUCAACAACAAAGAGCUCAUCAGGAAAACAGGUAAUCUCUACCACUCAGGCACCCGCAGCACUCGGUGCGUAUAGCCAGGCGAUCAAAGCCAAUGGACAGAUAUUCGUCAGUGGUUGUCUGGGACUCGACCCCAUCACAAUGAAGUAUCCAUCCGACACCGACGUUGAACUGCAAGCCCAACAGGCAUUGGAGAACAUGAAGUAUGUCCUCGAAGCUGGUGGUUCAUCCAUGUCUAAGGUCGUCAAGACCACCAUCCUACUCAAGGACAUCAACGACUUUGCUAAAGUCAACAAUGUCUACUCAAAGUACUUCACUGUUGACCCACCGGCCAGGUCGACCUUUGCUGUUCGCGACCUUCCAAAGAACGGCCUAGUAGAGAUUGAAGCAAUCGCAUUGGAAUAA